UUGUAACAUGUCACGUACACGAAAGCGUGCAGGACGCUGGAACCGCAGGUAUCGGUAGGAGGCGAGAGCACGAGUCAAAGUGGUCGUCCUUACUCACAGCGCACACAGGUUACGUGCCGAGAAGGGCUCCAAUACCGCUGUGCAAGAUGAAAGCUACGGUGGCAUGCCUUGUGGUAAUAUUCCUCGUUUUUGCGAGUGCACAAUAUCCUCCAAGACGUCGCCCGCAUCAUCCGAGACAGUCCCUCUGCGUCUGGCCAGAGGAAUACCGUGUCUGGACACUCAAGUGCAUGUACGGCCGCGUUGAACCCCAAGUGCAGCAGCUAAUGCGCUACAUUCUCAAUAAAGGAGGCUGGGGAGUAGAAGAGUUCGCUCGGGCGUUGUGCAGUCCGUACGAGGUGUUCAAGCUCAGGUCGCACUUCCGGAAAAAGUCGGAUCAGAAGCUCCUGAGAGAAGCUACUGUCGAAGCAGACAAGUGCCUCCGCUACCUUAUCAAGAAUGCAAAAAACGCUUGAGAGGUGUAAGGGAAGGAAACUAUUAAACACAAUGUUUGAAAACAUGA